AUGACUUCCGACCCUGAGCGUCCCGACUCUGCUCAAGCAGCGGCCGAACAGAAUGGCUACACUUCCGACCUCAUGACUAUAGAAUCUGUCAGAAGUGAGCACCAUGAUGACGAUGAGCCUGAGGCCAUGCGGGAUCUUCCAUGGAGCCUGGCCAUUCGGCUUUACACAUCGCACUUUUUGUCAACAUGGAAUUCUCGCGUGUUCGAAUUCGGCGCAACCCUGUUUCUCGCUUCAAUCUACCCCGAUACCCUCCUCUACAUGUCGGUGUACGCGCUCGUCCGCAGCGCAUCGGCAAUCUUGUUUGCCCAAUCUAUAGGGACAUGGAUCGAUCAGGGAAACCGCUUGACUGUCGUGCGAGUUUCCAUCAUUGGGCAGCGUCUCGCGGUCGCUGCAAGUUGCGCUAUCCUCUGGAUCAUGGAGCAGGGAAUAGGCGUGAAGAACGCCAGAGUGAUAGCCACUCAGUUCGCUUUGGUCGUACUGCUUGCCUGUGUGGAGAAGCUGUGCUCUGUCAUGAACCUCGUGUCCGUGGAGAGAGACUGGGUUGUCGUCAUGACCGAAGGUAAUGAACCUUUACGUCGGGUACUAAACGCAAGGAUGCGUCGCAUCGACCUGAUCUGCAAGCUAUUGGGCCCUCUGGCUAUAUCUACUAUCGCUGUUGCAUCGACACUGAUAGCUAUCUGGGCAACCUUGGCAAUGAAUAUCAUGUCCGUUGUCAUUGAAUAUGUCUGCAUAGCACAAGUGUACAAUCGCAUUCCGGCACUCAGGCGUUUACAGCCAACGGUCUUUGAUGAGGAGGAAGAACCUCAAAAUACGCACGCAGUUCAAUCAUGGCUGAAGACUGUCAAGUCAAAAGUCCUUCCGAUUGACUCUUUGCCAUUCUACUUUGCGCAUCCUGCUUUCUUGCCCUCGUUAUCACUUUCACUGUUGUACCUGACGGUGCUGUCCUUUUCAGGCCAAAUGGUCACGUACCUUCUGUCUGUGGGAUAUACAUCACUAUACGUAGGUAUUGCCCGAACUGUCAGCACUAUCUUCGAGCUGAGCGCGACCUGGAUCGCCCCCCGACUCAUGAAGCGCAUCGGCCCGGUCCGUGGGGGUAUCUGGAGUCUAUCAUGGCAGAUGAUAUGUUUGGCGGGAGGCGUCGGCUGGUUUUUCUCCGAUUUUCAGAUUUCCGGCACCAACAGUGUCUUUGCCGCCAGUGCACUAGCAAUCGGUGUUGCUCUGAGUCGUGUUGGGCUCUGGGGAUAUGACCUCUGUGCUCAAACGAUUGUGCAAGAUGAGGUUCCAUCCGAUCAUCGCGGUACUUUCUCGACCGUCGAAGCCGCCUUCCAGAACCUGUUCGAGCUCAUUUCUUUUGCCACAACCAUUGUGUUCUCGCGCCCAGAUCAAUUCCAGUGGCCCGUGGUGAUUAGUGUUGUGGCUGUCUACUUUGCGGGUGGCAUGUAUGCCUGUUUUGUCCGCCGCAGGCGAGGGCAUCUACUGCAUGCUCCUCCGUGCUUGUGCAAUAAACACGAGGGCCAACACUAA